AUGCAGGACGUCGGUCUGACGCCCAAUCCCUACGCCUACGAUGGUGCCAUUCCCGCUCUGGGCAACGCGAAGCGCGGGCGAGGCGCCCUGGACCUCUUCAGCAGCAUGAAGGAUGCGAAGGUCGUGCCCGACGUGCUCACGUACACCGUCAUACUCGGUGCUUCUGAGAAGCGCGUCCGGCCUGACAUGGAGGCCAGCGGUCCCUUGUAUUUCCCUCGUAUUGCGCUGAUCAGCUGCUGGGGCAAGAGCAAGACGCCAGAGAGGGACAUGAGACUGCUGAACGAGAUGCAAUCGAAAGGCUGGGCUCCGAACGCCGUAACCUACAGCACGUUGACGCGGGCGUGCGAGAGGUUUGGCGACAGGGUCAACAUGUUCAAAUGA